UAAAGGUGUCAAGAGCAGGAAAGAAGAGGACUAGUAACAUGACCAUUUUCUUUUGGUCUGUGUUCCUUGCUUCUCUUCUGAAGCACAUAAGUUGCAGUAGUCCACGCCGGGCUCCAGAGUCCAACGCACGGAGGUAUAAUCGGAUUCAGCAUGGCCAGUGCACCUACACAUUCAUACUUCCUGAACAGGAUGGGAACUGUCGUGACAGCGCCUCUGACCAAUACAACACCAAUGCACUCCAGAGGGAUGCCCCUCACAUGGAACCAGAUUUCUCCUCCCAGAAACUGCAGCGGCUGGAGCAUGUCAUGGAAAAUUACACUCAGUGGCUGCAAAAGCUUGAGAACUACAUUGUGGAAAACAUGAAGUCAGAAAUGGCUCAGCUGCAGCAGAACGCUGUCCAGAACCACACGGCCACCAUGCUGGAAAUAGGAACCAGCCUUCUCAGCCAGACAGCAGAACAGACAAGAAAGCUUACAGAUGUUGAAACACAGGUUCUUAAUCAAACAUCCCGGCUUGAAAUUCAGCUGUUGGAAAAUUCCCUAUCUACUUACAAGCUGGAGAAACAAUUGCUCCAACAGACUCAUGAAAUCUUGAAAAUCCAUGAGAAAAACAGUCUACUGGAACACAAGAUCCUUGAAAUGGAAGAAAGGCAUAAAGAGGAACUAGAUACAUUAAAAGAGGAAAAAGAGAACUUGCAAGUGUUGGUGUCCCGUCAAAGCUACAUUAUCCAGGAACUAGAGAGGCAGCUCAGUAAAGCAACAACCAAUAACAGCAUUAUGCAGAAGCAACAACUUGAACUCAUGGACACUGUCCAUAGCCUGGUCAGCAUUUGCUCUAAAGAUGGAGGUAAGAUGGUAUUAAAUACAAAAAGGGAAGAAGAGAAACCAUUCAGAGACUGCGCUGAUGCGUACCAAGCUGGUUUUAAUAAAAGCGGCGUCUACACAAUUUAUGUUACUAACAUAUCAGAACCUAAAAAGGUUUUUUGCAACAUGGAGACCGCAGGAGGAGGCUGGACAGUAAUACAACACCGAGAAGAUGGGAGCCUAGAUUUCCAAAAAAGUUGGAAAGAAUACAAAAUGGGUUUCGGUAGUCCCUCUGGUGAAUAUUGGCUGGGAAAUGAAUUUAUCUUUGCAAUAACCACCAGUCAAAAACAUUAUUCUCUAAGAAUCGAACUAACGGAUUGGGAAGGAAGUCGGGCUUAUUCACAAUAUGAUAGAUUUUACAUAGGAAAUGAAAAACAGAAUUACAGGCUGUAUCUAAAGGGUCAUUCUGGAACAGCUGGGAAACAAAGCAGCCUGAUAUUACAUGGUGCUGACUUUAGUACCAAAGAUGCGGACAAUGACAAUUGUAUGUGCAAAUGUGCUCUUAUGCUAACAGGAGGCUGGUGGUUUGAUGCCUGCGGCCCUUCCAAUCUCAAUGGGAUGUUUUACUCGGCUGGACAGCACCAUGGAAAAAUAAACGGGAUCAAAUGGCAUUACUUCAAAGGCCCAAGUUAUUCAUUACGUUCCACAACUAUGAUGAUCCGUCCCUUGGACUUUUAAAAAGCCAACAGGAUAGUGGCCAUAUUCUGAAGGAUGUCUUAUGUAAUCUUCAGAAGCAGAAGGUGGGAACUCCCUGAAAGAACCCAAUUCCAGUAUCCCAGCCUUUGUCAGAUCUCAUUUCACUGGCUGCAGUAAACAAACACAAGUCCCAGGGACAGGUGAAAUUGUGGUUUAUGGACAAAAGAAAAUAGCUUUUGUGGCUAUUUGGUGGACAACAUUAAGGUUCAGUUGCCACAAAUAAACUGGUAUCUUUUAGCCAAA